AUGUUGAACACGGCACCAUCAUUUGAUUGAAGUGGAUAAUUUACUAAUCGUAUGUCUAUGUGUAGUCCCCAAGAAUAUGCAAAAAUCUUGCAAACGUAGUGUUUUUUAGCUUUCUUGAAAAUUUAUAUGUAACUCUAUAUUUAGUACUGCAUCAAUCAAAAACAUCAGAAGUAAUAGUUUUGAUAUCUCUAGGUCCGUUUUAUUAAGUCAUGUAUCUAUAGAAUUAAAGAAAUGUGUUAAAAAUAAUAAUAUAAAGAAUGUAAAAAGAAGCGGGCGAGGAGGCCAGGAGGGUGACAUACGCAAAUGGGGACAUGGAGAAUGCCACGCGCAAUUGAGAGGUCCACACUCUCUAUACCUUUUAUAUUUCACCAAAUCAUCAAUCUCUCACUACCACUCUCUCUCUCUCUCACUUCAUAUUCCCCGAAGUAUAACCAAACCAGUAAAUAUCAUCUCUCUAUCGAUGAUCAUCAUCUACACAUCAAUAUCUGUCUAAUCUCCUUCUUCUUCCUCGACAUCCCUCGUUUUCCUUGCUUAGAAACGAGUAGAUAACAUUUGACACACAUAUAUUUAUAUAUCUGUGUGUAUAAAUAUUCCACAAAUCAAAGAAAAGAAAUAAUGGAAUCAGUGGAUCAGUCAUGUAGUGUUCCUCCGGGAUUCAGGUUCCAUCCAACAGAUGAAGAGCUCGUUGGUUACUAUUUGAGGAAGAAAGUGGCAUCACAAAAGAUCGAUCUUGAUGUCAUUAGAGAUAUUGAUCUCUAUAGAAUCGAACCAUGGGAUUUACAAGAAAGAUGCCGAAUCGGAUACGAGGAACGAAAUGAAUGGUAUUUCUUCAGCCACAAAGAUAAGAAAUAUCCAACAGGAACACGGACAAACAGAGCAACCAUGGCUGGUUUUUGGAAGGCCACAGGUCGAGACAAGGCUGUCUAUGAGAAGUCAAAAUUGAUGGGUAUGAGGAAAACACUUGUAUUCUACAAAGGAAGAGCCCCUAAUGGCCAAAAAACUGAUUGGAUCAUGCAUGAAUACCGGCUAGAGUCAGAUGAGAAUGCGCCUCCUCAGGAAGAAGGGUGGGUCGUUUGUAGAGCUUUCAAGAAAAAACCAACGACCGGGCAAGCCAGGAACACGGAAACUUGGAGAUCAGGUUACUUUUACGACCAAUUACCGAGCGGAGUUGGCUCGAGUAUGGAGCCUCUCAAUUACGUAUCUAAGCAGAAACAAAACAUUUUUGCACAAGAUUUUAUGUUCAAGCAAGAACUAGGAGGGUCAGAUAUCGGUUUAAACUUCAUUGACUGUGAUCAAUUCAUUCAACUUCCGCAGCUAGAAAGCCCUUCAUUUCCUCUUAUGAAGAGGCCAGUGAGCUCAACGUCGAUAACAUCACUGGAGAAGAAUCAUAAUAAAUACAAAAGACCACUAACAGAAGAUGAUGAGAAUUUCGACGAGCUAAUAAGUAGCAAAAGUAAAGAUAAGAAGAAGAAAGUAUCAGUGAUGACAACGGAUUGGAGAGCACUCGAUAAAUUUGUUGCUUCUCAACUUAUGAGCCAAGAAGAUGGAGUUCCAGAUUUCGGAGUUCAUCAAGAAGACGACACCAACAAAACUGGUCAAUGCAAUAACGAAGAAAGCAAUAACAGUGGUAUAGAGAUGCCUUCAUCGUCGUUAUUGAGGAAUAGAGAAGAAGAGAACAGGUUCAUCAGUGGGUUCUUGUGUACGAGUUUGGACUAUGACUUAAUAUAGGGAUUUGCAUAAUUGCAUGUUUGAUAAAAGAUAAUGAUAUAGUAUGGUGCGUAACGUUUUCUAUAUAGGUAGAAUAAAUUGAUAUAAAAUAACAUAUAUAAAUAUUUUUAAAAAAUUUCUUUUUCUUAUUAUAUCGAUAUUAUAUAUACUUGUCGUGAAAAUAACUGGGCUAUGAAAGGAGUAAUCACAAUGACUUUGUGUGUUAAUGUUGCUAUAACCAGGUUUUUAGGGUUCUGAUCUACUUUGAACCAAAAAAAAAAAGGGUUCUGAUCUACAUGUGUAUGAUUUGACUAUCAAACUAAAAGAACACCGCAGGGAUUUUUUUUUAGUGUAGUUUCUCAAUGGGCUUGUUUAAGUUAUUGUAUUCUAAUUUUUGGUAUAAUAAAAAUUAUAGGAGUAUUCAUUAAUUAAUUAAUUAAGAUAGACUAUUUACAAGUAUACAAAGAGAAUCUCAUAUAUAAUAGUAUGUAAGUUUAACUAAUUACAUAGAUACAUGUAGAAAAUAACACGUUUACAGAUCAAUAUCUGUACUAACAUUAAAUUUCAUAGAAUUGGUUAUUUCUUGAGAGAGCUAGUUAGAUAGAUAAAAUAAUUAAUUAAUGAUAGGAGUAAAGAAAUAAAAACAAAGUGUUGGCCCAAAGUGGGCUCAUGAGUUUGUCGAGCGUGCGGUGUACAAGAUGGGUAGUCCGUUGGGCAUGCUUUGUCGUCGUUUCAAGAGCCCUUACCCGUUUCUUGCUUUUUCCACAAUUUCAAUGUAAAUUUCAUUUUAGGUUUUCCUCAACUUUUAUACUGUUGAAUUUUUGUCAAAUUACAGACACAUGAGUCUCAUUCUAUUUCUCUCAUUUCUUUAAAGAUGAAAAAAAUUAUGAAGAAAAAAUUCAUCUUCCAAUUUCAAUGAGGAGUAAAUUAAACAUAAAUUCUUAUAUUUCUAUUUUAUUAUUUCUUCAACUGAAUUUUUGUUCAUUAUUUUAUUCAUUUUUGUUUAAUUAAACGGCGCUAAGCGAAGCUUUGGUUCUUAUCAAAUUAAAUAAUCCUUAUCUUAAAUCAUUUUUGUUUUUUGUAUAAUGCCAAAGAAUAACUGUAUACAUUAUCUAGCUUAGAUUAUACGUGGAAACAUUUUGAUUGAAUAGUUGGCUUAAUACUCAAGAGUUUAUUUACCGUCUCAUUUAAACUAUGCAAGUUUUACAAUUAGAAGCAGUUUCCAUUCACAAGCUAGAUAAAAGUAAGUCGAAGGAACCAUCAAAUUGGAUCGAUCUCGGUAUCUCUGGUCUACGAUAAUUUCAUAAAGUCCAAUUUGCUUAAAAGUUAAAACUGAUAUUUCUUGGAUGGAGUUUAACCUAGAUAUGAUACAUAUAGACAAAUGCAACUAAUAGUAUCUUGGAAGAAUCUUCAACACAUCUAGUUACUCUAAACAAAACUGGAUAAUUUCUUGUAAAUAAAUAUAUAUAUAGUUAUAGAUUAUCGUAAAAAGUGAUGCCAAAAUCUUAGCAAUGGAUUAUAACCAAAAAAACAAUGGAGAUUUACUUGAUGGUAGCUUUUGAAAUGGAGGGAUGUGAUUGAAAGAAAGACAAAGCUUCUGAUUUGUCCAUUUCAUACUUAGAGUGGGCCAGCUAAAUCACUCUCAUGUCUUCUAUGCAAUCCUUUCUUACUUUGCAUUUUGCAUUUUGCAUUCUUAUGUCUUCUUUUUCCUAAAGAUGUGUCCAUUAUUUUGUAUAAUUUUAUAGGUGGCGACAAAGACGGCUUACAUUUAGACGGCCAGUAUGAAUAUGAUUAGGAACAAUUGCACACUUUUACUCAAACUAAUGAUUAAUUUUCUUUUUUUGUUACUUCUCAAAGAGUAUAUAUAAUUCACUGAAUUCUUCGUUUCCCUGAAAUUUAUGGUGUUGCUUUUCACACCUUUAAUAAGUUCUUCAUAUAUACAAGCCACAGUUCGAACUUCGAAUUGAACAAUAUUGACACUACCCACAAGGAUCUUUUUUUUUUGAAACACUACUACUCAAAAGUAUCUAUAACAUAUUUUUGUGAUGAAACUAUAAUUUGUUUCUUAAUAUAUAUAGUACGCAAUAAUUUACAUAUAUUUUGGAUGGUUUUUUGAUGAUUAAGAACAUAUUUUUUGCAGACAUUACCAAAAUCUCAUAUAACUUGUUGCUUUUUGCAGUUUAGUUCAAGCAAGAACUUCGAUAUAGACAUGUUAACACGUGUGUGGUAUGGUUUGAAUAUACCUAAACAUGCGACUACAUUCAGGGGCGGACCCACACCUAUAGGAGGUGUGGCACGUGCCACAGUCUAAUUUAUAAAAAUUCUUGUAGAAAAGGGGACACAGAUGAAAAUUACCAUCUCUUUUGAUUAAAUGAUUGAACAGUGCCCCAUAUAACUCGUGACGAGCCGUAGGCUUGUUUUUAAUUUCCAGAUUUUUUUAACACAUUUAUUAUAUUAUAUUUACCCGUUCAUAAAGAUUUGUUAUUUCUCCUUUGUUUCUUUUUUUUGUUCUCCUUUGUUUCUUUGUUACUAGUAGAAAAUAAAAUCUUCUACUCCUUUUCUUUAAGAUUAGAUUUUUACCCUUUUCUAAAAUAAAAGUCAAUUUAUUUAAGUUUUACAUUAACAAUUUUUUUUAUCAAACUUAAAUUAAAGUAAAUAUUUUUUCAAAACUUAAAUUAAAAUAACAACUACAAUAAAUAUGCUUUUUACAGUAAAAUUGUACAUAAUAUAUAAUUUUGUAAUAUUACUUAAAGAUAUUCAAUAUUAUACAAAUGUUUAUCAUUUUUAUUUAAAUCGUUUUAAAAUAAAUACAAAAUUUUAAAGAUUAAUGUAAUUAAAAAUACAUUAGAAUAUUUAUAAUUGAUAUUUAUUUAUAUAUAUAGUGCCUCAUGUUAAAUUAUUUUCUAGGUCCGCCCCUGACUACAUUAGACCCACGGACCACUUCUAGUCUACUCUCUCUCUUUUGGGCAAAAUAAUAUGAAAAGUAUCUCAGAAUCUUGACCAAUGGGAACUUGACGCAAACAAUAGGAAUCGUUGGUUUGUACACGUUGUCGUCUUUCAAUCAAAUUUUCAGAACACAUUAAAACAAUAAAAGUAAAAUGACAAAGGUUUGUGUGUGUAUGGUCAAACGAGAGUAAACUAAAUUACCAAUGAUACCAAUUGUAAUGAUGCAGUUUUUUUUAAGUUGGAAGAUUUGAUAAAAAAUCUAAAGUAUAGAUUAAAUUUAAAUGUGAUAUAGCCCAAACUUUUUGAGUAAGAUUGUCAAACUCUUUCUCACCUUUUUCUAUAAUUUUCUUCUUUAAAAUUGUGAAAUUUCCUAAUAAAAAUGUUCUAAGAGCAAAAUAUCGAAUCAUGUUUUUUAUUCCCUCCGUUUGUUUUUUAAGUCGUUUAACAAGAUUUCACAUGGAUUAAGGCAGUUAACAUAAUGUCUAUUUUGUUUUUCUUUGUCCUUAAAAUAACGUGUGCACUUAUUUUAGAUUACUAUUCCCAAUCUUUUAUUAAUUAGUCAAAUGUUACUAAUUCUAAUUUAUUCUAGUCUCAGCCAUUUAACACCAUCAUGAUUUCACAGAAGUAUUUUAAUGUUCAGUUAUUCCUUUAGUCAACUAUAUGGUUGUGACUGAGAAAUUAUAGCAUAGAGGAAAUAAAAUGGUUGAAAGUGGAGUAACAUAAAAUAAGCGGAAAGAGGAAAAAAAAUUAAAAAAUAAUGAGAAAGAGAGGGAAAAGGAAAAAAAAUGUUGUUACUCUCAUUAUAUCUAAAGUAACAUCUAGUGUAUGUUUCUCUCUUCUGAAACAGUAAUAAGAGUAAAUGGGAGGAAAUUAAAUUCCACCUGAUUGGCAACUUUUAAGAGUAAACUGGAGUAAUUAGUUUUUCACCUUUGUGUGUUACGCUAUACAAUCACACACUAUAUAUUGAUUUGAGAACAUACGGGUAAAUAAGAUUUAUAAAUUUUAUAAUAAAUUAUGGAGUCAAAUACUAAUCAUCUUCAUCUUUGGUCUCUGCUUUUUUUUUUUUUUUUGCCUUCUAAUAUUAUUUAUUAACCAAAGUUUUUACAAAAUACAUAGAAAGCCCACCACACAGGGAAUAAGACAAAAGUAACUAAGCCCACAAAAUAAACCAAAGCAAACAAAAGCCCACCAAGGAUCCAAGAACAACCCACAUCAGAGGAAACAAGACGGAAACACGUCUUCCCCACGUGUUCAAUCGAUUGAGAGCAAAAAACACGUGUUACGCAAAGACUCCACCGCCUUCACCAAAUUGGAAAUCAUCGCCGGACAAAACACGGCAACCACCGGAACCUGCCGGGAACAGUUUCACAACCACAAACUCCACCAGAUUGAAGCCAAACCACCUUCAUCACCUGAUUCCUUUUCACCUGAGAGCAUCCAUCGAACCAAUUCGAGAGCUCAUCCAGAUUCUUCAAACCACACCUAAAAACCAAAGCUUUCCACCAAACGGAAAACCUGAGAAAAUCAAUUAUAGUCGGAUUCUAGCUACCCAUAUCCGCCGUUAUCACCUAAGGAGGUGUAAGUAACGCAGAGGUAUGCCGACCGUCCGUCGCCGGAGACAAAAACCAGACGACCACCACAUGAAGGAUGCGACGCUGGAGGCAGAACCGGUCAGAUUACACCGAACCGGAGAGGAACGUUGGAA